CUUUAAAUCCAGCGGAUGACGUCAGCGCAUCGCCUUACUUGCUUUGUUUGUCCGCGGAGCUGUUUUGGCUUCAGACUGAAAAACCAGAGACGACCGAAGACAUUCAAACAGACCUAAACCCCUUCCAGUUUCUUUGUCACCGAGUCGCGUUGUUACGCAGUUAUACUGCACAUUCAUUAGGUUGUAACUGUGUAAUAACUCUGACAGAGAUGCCGUCCGACAGACCUUUCAAACAAAGGAGGACAUUUGCCGACCGGUGCAAAGAGGUCCAGCAGAUCCGCGAUCAGCACCCCAACAAGAUCCCUGUGAUCAUCGAGAGAUAUAAGGGAGAGAAGCAGCUGCCUGUCCUGGACAAAACCAAGUUCCUGGUUCCUGACCACGUCAACAUGAGCGAGCUGGUCAAGAUCAUCAGGCGUCGGCUGCAGCUGAACCCGACGCAGGCCUUCUUCCUGCUGGUCAACCAGCACAGCAUGGUGUCCGUGUCCACGCCCAUCUCGGAGAUCUACGAGCAGGAGAGGGACGAGGACGGCUUCCUCUACAUGGUCUACGCCUCGCAGGAGACCUUCGGCUGCUAGGGAGGGGGAGGGGGCGGGGACAGGGUGUAUAGAGGGGGGGAGGGGACACUCGAGGAGAAAAGAGAGGCCACGGGGUGUCAAAACCGUCCCCCAAACUACAAAAAAACGCCACGAUCCGCCCCGCUUUGUUGCACGUAGCCAUGUGACAAGACGCCUCUCUCUCUCUCUCUCUCUCUCUCUCCCCCCGUUAUAGUCUAGCAUCCUCUUCAUAUUGAUAUCAGUACAAAACUAGCUACAAAAAGCCAGAGGACGUCCCCCGUGUGUAUGUGUGUGUGUGUCUUUCCUGCCCUCAGAGUUAGUAGUCUGACUCAUAACCCGUGAUAGUCUAGUUUGGAUUUUGUCUCUUGUCGUUCCCACAGACUCUUAUUUUGAAAAAGGCGAGGUGGGACAAAACAAACGUUGGGAGUUUGAAAUCGGCGAGCAAAAAUAGAUAAUUGAGUCAAGAGUUCAGGACGUGUGGAGUCGCCGACACAGCGGCGAGUUCAGACCCUCCGAUACGUUGACGUGACGCAGGCGAACACACGGCGGAGAGUCCACGUUACCCCAGUAAUCUGCUCGAGCCUAGAAGAUAAGACAGGUGGCGAUUGUUACCUUUUUAAUUUUUUUAAAUGGUCUUUUGUUUGAGAUACUAGCCGUAGUUUUAGUUUGGGUUCUGCAGCUCGUUGCGAGUUAGUUUUUGAUCAUUUUUCUUUUUUAAAUCGUCCGUUAUACCGUCAGCCUGAAGCUCAACUCGCCACUGGCUACCGAGUAGCUGACCAUCGGGCUAAAAAUGACUGUAAACGCUCCGUAAUGAUUAACAGCGUUCAGUCGUUUCACACGUGCAAUAUUUCUCCCGUCACGCCUCGCAGGUUUCCACACUAAAAAAAGAAAUAAAUAAAAAGUAGACACUGCAGCUGUAAUGUAACGAACCGCUCGGUCACAGAAGGGAAGCUAGCAUUAGCAUCACUAACCACAACGCGCUGCUAACGUGCCGCCAGGCAGGUAAACGGCCGCCAUGACCGGACUGGCUUUCUGUCCCGUUAAGCACAAAACGCCAGUACUAUCAUUACUCGUCUGGAGUAUAGUCUCACUACUCACCAGUACUAUCACUACUCGUCUGGAGUAUAGUCUCACUACUCACCAGUACUAUCACUACUCGCCUGGAGUAUAGUCUCACUACUCACCAGUACUAUCACUACUUGCCUGUCUCCCCCACGUCCAUGUAAUUGAAGGCGGGUGCGGCAGAUUUAAAGGCCGAUCCAGUAGAUAGUUUUUCGGUCGCAGAAACACGAGACGGGCGCUCUGUUCCGACAGCGGUGCAGCUGAAGGCUCGACGCUCUCACAACCAUUGUGUUUCAUCCUAACGGUUCUUCUCUGGACGAACGGACGACUUGUUCGGUCUCUAAAAUGUCAGAAAACAGUGAAAAAUGUGGAUCAGCGUUCACCCCAAAAAGUCCCAGCAUGACGUCCUCAAAUGUCCCGUUUUAGUCCACAACUCAAAAAUAUUCAGUUGACUGUCACAGAGGAGAGAAGACACUAGAACGUAUUCACAUUUAACACGCUGCCAUCAGAGACGUUUUAGCGUUUUACUCAAACCGAUUGUCAGAAUAGUUGGCGAUUGUGAGAAUUAUUAGGAAGAUGACCUAGCUUGAAACUGGCACCGUCGGUUCAGGAUUAGCAGCACAGGAAGGGGACACAGAAAUAAACUAGUGAAAAAGCUAAAAGGUUGAAAAUCCGUUCCCCGUCUUCCUCCGGUUCUCGCGUGUCACGGUAGCAUUAGACAAAAAUCAAAACCUAUUUAAUGUCUGAAACGAAUGAGCUUCUUUUGCACAUAAAUUAAUACAAAUAUGAAAGAGUUGGCAUAGGAUUUUUUUUAGGAAUUACUGUAUCUAUAUAUAACAAUUCUCUUCUUUUUUUGUAUCUGCUCCUGUUCUCUGUGUGUGUCUGCCUUUGUUUUAAUAAAACUUUAUAAAAGGUUGUGUUGCCCUGCAAACCUUGCAUGUUUUAGCUUCUUUUUUUUUUUUUUAAAUAUGUAUAUUGAUUUUACGCAAUAGUUAUAAUUGUUUAAUUUAGAGAAACAUGGAGUCUUUUUAGAUGUUUUUCCCAAAACCAAAAAACUGAAAAUAUGUGUAUGUUUGAAACAAAAUAAAAAAAAUAAAAAACUGUGUGCGUAUAAACGAUCAUAUAUUCAAACUAUAUUACUUUUCUUUUUGGCUUUUUCUGACGUUGUCACUGUUCGGAAGGGUGUACAUAUAUAGAUGCAUUGCUGCAAACUUAUUCAAAGCAUUUGCCAAUAAAUAAAAAGUUGCCUUUAAAA